AUGAACGAUGUAUAUGUUAGAUUUCUUUUCUACUUUUUUAUUUUCCUAUUGUAUAAUAAUGAAAUCUAUUCUUUAUCGCCUGUAAUACUUUAUCCGUCAUUUAAACGAAUUGCUAAUCAAUUAUCACAUGAUUCAACACUACCUAAAUGUACUCUCUCAACAUGUAAGCAAACUCAAACUCAAGCAAAUUACACUAAUAUAAAAGUAUCCGAUGAACAUUUAUUCAAAUUAUCAUCCUACGAUAAAGUAAAUCAAAGAAAUCCGUCAUAUCAUGGACCUUAUCUUGUAUCUUCGACGGGUAUUUAUCGAGGCAAGAGAAUCAAAUAUCAAAAUCGAUAUUUAGAUCAAUUUCUCGGUAUUUAUUAUGGUGAAAUGCCUAAAUCUUUGAGAAAGCCGGUGAAAAAACUUUUCAAUUAUUUAUUACAAAAUGCAACAAAAUUUACUCCAUCGUGUUUGCAAUCAUUAUCAAUGACAAGAAAUCUUUCCUAUGGUUCAUUUCUUAUGACUCAAGAUUUUAAUGAGGAUUGCCUGUCAUUAAAUAUCUAUCGACCGGAUUUACGUUAUGGAGAGAAACGAAAAGCUAUUAUGUUAUUUUCUCAUGGAGGAUCAAAUCAAUUGGGUAGUGGAUCAUUAUUUGAUGGAAGUAUAUUAGCUGCUGAAGGUGAUAUUAUUGUUAUCACAAUGAAUUUUCGUUUGAAUUAUCAUGGAUUCUUAUCAAGUGGAGAUGAUCAACUUAGAGUUGAUGAUUAUAAUUAUCUAAUGUCGGAAGAACUUAUUUGCCGUUGUAAAGGUUCUCUGACCGAACCGUUUACAUCCUUAAAUGAUCUAUCUGUUCAUCAUGUAUCUUACAAUGAAUUUGAGAAACAAUUUGGUGAAUUAUCUCGUUGGUGUGAAAAAAUUUACGAAACAAUAACAAAAGUUCCAUCGAAUGCUUUAACACGUUAUCUUCGACAAAGAUAUUAUGAAGAAUUGUAUGAACAAGGUCUUAUGCGUUUACGUCUAUUUCAUCAAUAUUCUGAUAGACUACAUGAAAGAUUUCCAGAUUUAAAGUCAAAUAUUCAAGAUAAAAUGAUGCGAAUUAAUCGACAAUGGAAUCAACUUGAAUCAUGUUUUAUUGAUUAUUUAGAUGAAAACUUUGAUCGAAUUCUACAAGAUUUACAUAAUGAAUUAAUUUUAUUUGAAGAUUGGCUUAGUAGAACAGAAGAACAAUUAUGGAUAUUUGAAUCGUAUCGAAUUAAUGACAUUUCAAUAGAAGAUUUUCAAUUUAAGCUUCAUCAGCAUACGAUAUUACAAGACGAAAUUAAAUCAAGAAAUAGUCGUGUGUCAUCAAUUAUUGAAAUUUGUGAACGUUUAAGAAAUGAUUAUGAACAACAAGCUGAACAAGUUCCGUAUGAUUUAGCAAGCGAUCUAGAAAAUCGCUGGCAUCAAACAUGGAUUAAUUCAGUCGAAAUUCAAUGCAAACUUGAAGAACGAUUGAAGAGUUUACGAAAUACAACUUCACUUGUUUUAAUCAACAACGACGACGAAGAAACUGAACAAGAAGAAGAAGAUAUUAUUCCAUUUAAUUCAAGUGAAUACGAAAAAAUCCCUCUAACACCAUCAAACACGAGUACAGACAGUUUAAAUUCUUCACUGAGCUAUCGUAAACGUUCACGAUCACCGUUAAUACAAAAUCCAAUCCGUAAUUCUCGAUCAAAACCAUUUUAUAUCGAAACAAACAUGGCAACAUCAAAACGUCGCAUGUCAUUAAAUCUUUUACCAAUAAAUUUGCCAUCAACAUUUUAUUAUUCAUUAACAAAUAUUAAUGAUAUUGAUGUUCAAACAAUAACAAAAAAGCAUAAGAAAACAUCAUCAAAAUUAGAUAUUGGAUAUGAAACUGAAGAUGAAAAUAAUCAUUCAGAUAAAAAUCUUCAAUCCAUAUACCAUAUAAAAAAAAGUCAAAGUGAUUAUUUUAUUGGACAAAAUAUGACGGAUAAAAAUAUUUUCGUGUCUUUUACACAUUCACUACCAUUAUUUGAACAUAAUCAUCAUUUACCAACAUGGUGGAGACAUUCAAUAACAUCAGCAUAUGAUACAUGUUCAAAUCCGGAUAUUGAUUUUAGUAUUGAAGAAACAAAAAAACAGCAAACAAAAACAUCUCUACUUAUGUACAGUAAGAAAUAUACAAAAUAUAAACGAUUGAAAUCAACAUCUGAACAACCAGCAUUAUCAUCGCCGAGUUCAAUUGUAAAACAAAACAAAUCGCCAUUAAAUCCAACAUCGAAUUCAUAUGAUGCAAGCGCAGAAUAUACAGAUCCUGAACAAUCAGAAAAUGAUGUUGACGUUUUAUCAUCAGAUUUUAAUUCAACAUCACCUGUUCAUCAUUAUCAAAAAUCGGAAUCGAAAUUCUAUAAUCGCUAUACAACAACAACAACUACAGGAUAUUCAUCGGACAUGGAAUUAGAAACAACAACAACACCAUCUGAAACGGAAGAUCAACAAAUUCAACAUUCUGACGAGAAAUGUGAAGUGCCACAAAUGAAGAACAACACAUUGACAUUACCGUCGGCAGCAGCUUCAGAUGGCUUCGAUUCACUUAAUACAAUAAUCAAUGAGAAGAUAGAAAGUUCUGAACCUUGUUGGGACGGAUAUCAAAAUCCACUAUUUUAUCACUUUAAUUCUCAAGACAUGGAUUCCAUAGAAACGACACUUAAGUGGGAAGACCAAUUUUUAGAAAUGGAUCAACCAAACUAUUCUUCGUCAGACGACGAUAAUUAUUUUAAUAAUGAAAACUUCAAAUAUAUUUUACGGAAUAACGGCGGUUCAUCAUCUUCAUUGACAGGAGGUUUCACUGGUCUCUUAGAAAACAAUCAAGUACUAGAUUCAGAUUCGGAUUUAGAUGAUUUCAAUUAUGUUAUAAAUGAAACUGAACGACAAUUGUAUAAGGCAAGACAAAGUUUAGAGAAGAAAAAACGUCAACAACCAUUUCCAAUUAAUGAUCGUAAUCUACGAAAAUAUGAUGAAGUUUUAAGAACGUGUGAAACAAAUAUUCAAUGUUUACAACAGAUAUUAAAAAAUCUUCAUCGAUCGAAAAAUUCACGUCUUAACAGUACUAAAGCUAUUGAACAAUUACAAACUUAUUUAUCUGGUUGGCAUGAUAUGCAACAACAAGUUAAUGAUGAUCGAAUACGUGCACGUCAAUUAUUAUAUAUAUCACAAGAGAUUACAAAAUUGAAACUGCGAUUAGAUGAAGAACUUUCUCGUAUCGAUUCCAUUCAUAAUCGUGAUCAUCCGUGGUUAGAUGAAAAUUCCCUAGUUGAGUUAAUGCGUCGUAUUAAUUAUGAAAUUGAAUCUGAACAAGAUUCUCGACAAAAAUUAGCUUCCUAUCUCACUGAUAUUCAUCUUGCCGAAGAACAUCUUAACGAAUAUCGAAUGUCAGAAUUAAACGAUUUAUCAACAACGAAUAUUGAUGAACAUUUACAUAGUUGUCGUCUAGCACUUGAACAACUUACUGAUAAAAUGGACACAUAUCAAACUCAAUUACGUACACUAUUAACGAUUGUUGAAAGUCUCCUACCUAUUGAAACACAGAUUGAACAAAAAUUGACAGCAUGUGAAUAUAAUAAUAAUUAUUCAGUUGAAUCUCAUGAUAUUCAAAGAUUAUUUGAUAGAUAUGAAGAAACAAUGAAUAAUGUCAAUUGUUCAAUGGUAUCAUCGAGUACAUUAUAUUUAAAAUUGAAAACACAUUAUGCAUAUAAAUUAGAUUUAUAUAAAAAAAUGUUGAAUGAUUUCAAUAGAAAAACUCAAUCAAAACAUGUUUCAUUUGAUGGUUUCAUUAAUUUGAAUAAUAACAAUUCAUCCGUUAUAAAUAAUUCUUCGACUUCUCAAUACUAUACGUAUGAUACAACUCAUAAUAUACAGAAAAAGAAAUCUCAACGAUCAGAAACAUAUACAACAUCAAAUGAUAUUAAUCCAAAUUAUGUCAAUGAUACUUCAUCAAAACAAAGUUCUACUUCGUCCUAUAUAUCUGAUGAUUAUAAAGUUUUAUAUAUUGAAACAGUUAUUGAAGUUGCUAAACCUGUUUUUUACCAACAAAUAAAUGAUACAAUGACAACAAUAAACACAGAGCAUCAUAAACAAACUCCGCAAUCCACAACUAAAACUCAGAACAUAUCCGAGUAUCAUCAACAAAUUCCACAAUCCACAAAUAACAUUCAAAAAGUAACAGAAUAUCAUCAACAAACUCCUCAGUUCAUAAAUAAGACUCAAGAUACAACAGAAUAUUAUCAACAAACUCCUAAAUCAAGAAAUACAACUCAAAACACAACAGAAUUUUAUCAACAAACUCCUAAAUCAAGAAAUACAACUCAAAACACAACAGAAUAUUAUCAACAAACUCCCAAAUCAAGAAAUACAACUCAAAGCACAACAGAAUUUUAUCAACAAACUCCUCAAUCAAGAAAUAAAACUCAGAACAUAACAGAAUAUUAUCAAAAAGCUCCACUAUCCACAAAUAAGACUCAGAAAGUAACAAAAACUAUAAAACAAAUCCAUGAAUCAUCUGACGAUGAAUUAAAUAAAACCCCGGUGAAACAAUUAAGAUCAAAUUAUCAGAAAAGUAAAGUUCAACAACAUAUGGAUAGUGGCAUUGAGUAUGAUCAUAUAUCUUCUCCACCUUCAACAUCAUCUUCAACAAUAUUUAAUCAAGCACAUAUAAACAAUAACAAAAAAUUGUUAUUUCCUUCCAUAUCAGCAGAUUCAAGUCAAAAUGAAUCAACAUUGACUCAUCGUGUACAUUCAUUGAAAACAAAAUCUAUGAGUAGUGAUAACAUGCACAAAAGUGAUGCAACAAAUUCAUAUUGGGAUCGUUUAAAAAGAAUGUGGUUUCGAGCACUUCUAUUAGGACUGUUUCUAUUAUUUCUAUUAUUUCUGAUUUAUUUUUUUCGACUUGAUGCAUGUUCAAGAUCAACGAUGAUUCGAACAGUUUGUGAAAAAAUAAUAUAUGUGGAAAAUCAAGGUUUACCGACUAUAUGA